AUGGCGAGUGCAGCGACGGAAAGGGAGAUUAACAAGUGGAGAUUAUGGGGUGUUAACAGACUUUUGGAGACAAAUACAUCCCUAAUCUUGGUGCAUGAAAAGACUGGCAAACCACCAACUCUGGACCUGGUCAAAUCGAUAUACUACAAAGACGAUGAAGAGGCCGUGGAUCUGCUUGAGGAAGCAAAAUCUUCACUCAGAGACAUGGACAUGAAAUGGGUCAUUCUUGGAGCAUGCAACUUCCUUGCCAGUUGUCCUUUGCGAACAUCCAAGGACUGCGGCAACGUGCUUCUCAGGCGCAGUGAUGUUUUUCGCACCUUUGGUAAGACUGAGAGUCAAGGCAUGAAGCUAUAUAUUGAAGCCAGCGAGGCCCUCUCGCGCUUCCGGAAAAUCCGAGACCUUAACAACCUACCAAUAUCUCACUUUACCAAGGAAUAUCUACCGACGGAUUUGAUGGAGUAUCAAUCUUCUACACGAAAGAUCGAAUCGACGACAAAGGAUAGCCCGCCGAUGUUCCAAAUCGACAUGACCACAAGCUCUGAUGUUUUUGGGCUCGACAACGAACCAUCGAACGAGACCAGGUCCGCACCCAGAAUCCCACAAACACUCUUCGAAUUGAUCAAACACACGAGCUACAAAGAUUACAAAGCAAGUCGUCAAGGCUGGGAUGAUGAGCAUAAGCUCGAAGAGAUGGAGGACGAAGACAUGCGCUACCUAGUUGUCAAGCUCAGCAAUGGACGUCUUCCAGAAACCGAGAAGCAAUGGACCAAAGAUUCAGAAUUGGACCAUUCGAUCAUUGGCUUCCUAUCGUUCAUGAUCACCCAAGAAGAGGACGAGAACGUUGUCUACAUCUACGAGAUCCACAUCUCCGAGCAUUUCCGAGAUUGUGGCCUGGGUCGACACCUCUUCAAGAUGGUCGAGCAUAUUGGCAAAGCCACGGGCAUGGACAAAUCAAUGCUCACAGUCUUCAAGCGCAAUACUUAUGCUCGGCAAUGGUACACCUCCCGAGGAUAUGAAGAAGAUGAGAUCAGUCCCAGACCAAGAAAACUAAGAGGGGGAAGAUCCAUUGAACCAGACUACGAGAUUUUGAGCAAACGUCUUCAAAAGCAAGGACACAAGAAAGUCAAGUCUUGA